UGGGUCUUGUGACUAGUUAACAGCUUGAGGUAGUGACUGUUGCUGGAGAUGAGGCAAGCAAUGUAGCAGCAGAGUACCUGUCAGAAUAUGAUCCGCUUGCCUGGAAAAUGUAAAGAAUGAAUACACUGUUUUCCGCCUGCUUCUGGACAGCUUCAUAAAAUCUUUUUCAAGGAAUAAUAGUUUUUUUUUCUCCUGGACAUCUGGGUUGCAUAUCAGACACAAUAAUGUGUGGGGGUACAAAAAGGGCAAGUGGCUUUUUUGGAUGCUCAUCAAAAAGCAGUCAAAGAGUUUUACACACAAGCGAGUGUAAAGGCUGGAGCGGUGGGAAUGGCAGAGAUAAGCACAAUACUGGAUCUUCAGGUGUUCACCAAAGGUGGCCUUCUUCUGAGUUCGACUUGAAUUGCAUUCGCUUAAUUGUUUACCAGGACUGUGAAAGAAGGGGCAGACAAGUCUUAUUUGAUUCCAAGACAGUCCGUGAAAUAAAAAAUGAAACGGCACAGAAACCAGGUGAGGAUGGGAAAUCAUGUCCAACCAGCAGCAGCGGGACCUGCACCAUCUCAUCCCGUCGCACCGUAUCAGGGUGUCCUCAGCCACCCAGGGAUCCACUCCCAAGAUACCAGUACACAAAGCCGGCAUCUGACGUGAACAUGUUGGGGGAGAUGAUGUUUGGCUCCGUGGCAAUGAGUUAUAAGGGCUCCACUUUGAAAAUCCACUUUAUACGUUGCCCCCCUCAGCUGAUGAUCAGUAAAGUGUUUUCUGCCAAAGUUGGAAGUUUCAGUGGGAGCACAAACACUUUGCAGGACAGCCUCGAGAACAUAAAUUCAGAUGCCAGUACAGCAAAACUUGGCACGAGUCUGAGUGGUCAGGUAUCUGAUCAAAGUGGAUCUAACCUAGGUGUUUUACAGAUGUGCGGUAGCAAACUGCUGCCUGGCAUGUUUGACGCCCGUCCUCUCCGGCUCAUCCGGAGUGCCUCUUUCUUUGCAGCCCACAGCACACCUGUGGACAUGCCCAGCAGAGGACAGAAUGAAGAUAAGGAUAGUGGCAUCGCUCGAUCAGCUUCUCUGAGUAGCCUACUCAUAACCCCACUGCCAUCGCCAAGCUCAUCAUUUUCAAGCAACUGUGCCAGCAGCUAUCAGCGACGCUGGCUGAGAAGUCAGACCACUAGUUUAGAGAAUGGGGUUAUCCCUAGGUGGCCAACAGAAGAAACCUUUAGCAUGGCAGAUGAAAAUUACACAUCCAACCCAGCAAUGAUCGGAAGGAAGAAGAUUGCGGUCAGCAUCCUCUUCUCCCUGUCUGAAUGUGAUGAAGCCCAGAAGAGUUUUCAGGAUUUCUUUUUUUCCCAUUUCCCUCUGUUUGAGUCACACAUGAAUAAACUAAAGGCUGCUAUAGAAAAGGCCAUGAUAUCCUGCAGAAAAAUCACCGAAUCAAGUCUGCGGGUCCAGGUUUAUCUUAGCCAGGUCAUGGAUGCACUGGGGCACUUUAGGGAGACUAUCUGGAACCUGUACUAUGUUCCACGCAUUGCGGAACCGGUGUGGCUUACUAUGAUGUCCAGCACUUGUGAAAAAAGCCAACUGUGCCACAAUUUUCUAAGAGAGUUCACCUCGCUUAUUGAUCAGCUUAAUAAGAAUCAGUUCUUUGCAGCAUUAAUCACUGCUGUAUUAACUUACCACUUGGCAUGGGUACCCACCGUGAUGCCAAAUGACCAUCCUCCAAUCAAAUCCUUCUCUGAAAAGCACACGUCACAGUCUGUGAGCCUGCUGGCCAAGUCACACCCAUACAACCCGCUCUGGGCACAGCUUGGAGACUUAUAUGGGGCAAUUGGCUCUCCAGUCAGAAUGACUAGAACAGUUGUGGUUGGCAAACGAAAGGAUUUAGUCCAGCGCAUCCUUUAUGUUCUCACUUACUUCAUCCGGUGCUCAGAGCUGCAAGAGAACAACCUGGUGAGGAGUGCGGGCCCAGAAAAAGGUGAACCGAUGGAGAAUGGCAGUAAGAUCAUAACCUGUCUUGAAAAGGGAGAGGUGGAAGACUCUGAGUACGUCAUUGUAACUGUAAACAAUGAGCCUGCUCUGAUGUCCCCUUCUUUACCCAAUAACAUAUCUACAACAUCUGCCCCAAAUAGUAAAGUGGAGUUGCUACCUACUAAAAAUGUUUUGAAUAAGUUAAAUACAGGAGAAAACCUGGCUGUUGGCUCCUGUAAAGAGCAGCCCUUUAUGGCUAAGGAAGCCAAGCUCGAAAUUCUGACCCCAGUGUCCAGAGCACCAGGCAGUAGAUUUGAAGAUGUUGCCGUUCCGGAUUGUUUGCCUCCACUGGAAAAGGAUGGUCGCCAUGAAUUCAAUGAUGAGAAGCAAUUGUGUAAAGAAGUUAAACUGUCAGACUGGGCAAAGGAAUUGCUGUGCAUGCAAACAGAUAAUCCGAUUCAUCCUCCAGAUAAGGUCAUCUUCAAAAUGGGCUGCUCACCUUCAUCAGACUAUGAGAUGGACAGUGGCAGGGAGCAGCCAGGGGUAAAACCAGAAGCACUUCCCAGACAGGCAGACAAAGCUAAGCAUCCCACCACAAAAUGUUCUGCCAGCACUCAAACAAGAACUACCACUGAAAAAAGGCACAGCAUCUCUUCUCAAAUCUCCUCCUCUGAGGGUGGCUCCAGUAUUUUUGAUGAAUAUUUUGUAGAAGGGAAUGGCAUUGAGACAAAUACAGUAGAAACCCUUCCUUCACAAAUAGUAUUGUCCGAUAAAUGUUUUGUUUCAAGCUGUGUAACAUCUGCAGUAAAAGCAACCAGUGAAGAACUAAGAACUUGCAAAGAUGUCAUUCAUAAUGCUGAUAAUACAGAGACUGCUGUGUACUCCUCCAGAGAUGUCCCCUGUGGGGAUUUAGGGAGAAGGAUUGGGGUUAGGGAAGGAGACAUUCCACGGAACAGGAGCUGCGACAGUGCUCUCGGGAACAGCGAUGAAGAGGGAAGCAACCCUUCAGACAGUCAAGGCCACAUUGGCCAAUAUCCUGAAAUGGAGCUUCCACUACCCAGGUCUGACAUCGUCGGCACUCCAAGUCUGAAACACUUUGGAAAGUCGCUCUUUGGUGGUUACUGUCCCACAUACAUGCCUGAUCUAGUGCUGCACGGGAUAAGCAAUUGUGAGAAGCUGAAGCAGUGUCUGUCCUCUGACCUGGCACACUCAACACAUCACCCGGUGUUGGAUGAGCCCUUGGCGGAAGCGGUUUGCGUUGUUGCAGACACGGAUAAAUGGAGUGUGCAAAUAGUCAGCAGCCAAAAAAUGACGCUGGACAAUACAAAGCUAGGCACAGAUGUGUUGGUGUCCAGUCAAGUCUGCAGUCUGCUUCAAUCUAUUUCCCAGCUUUAUAAGCUCAGAACACCUCCUGUUUUUUGUGUGAUGCACCUAGAGGACAAGCUGCAAGAGUUAUAUUUGAAAAGUAAAAUGUUGUCCGAAUACUUGAGAGGGAACACAAGAGUCCACGUAAAGGAACUUGGAGUUGUUUUAGGCAUUGGAUCCAAUGAUUUACCUCUGCUGGCUGCUGUGGCAAGCACUCAUUCUCCACAUGUUGCGCAAAUACUUUUAUAAGCUGAAUUUUGCAAAUGGUCAUUCCUGAAGAAGAAGAGAGCCAUUCCGGAUAAUUUGGAGGCAUGCUCUCGAAAGCUGGACUGAGAUAAGCGAGAAGUGAUGAUGCCAUCUCUUCUUCUAGAGACUGAUGUUUACAUGGAGUAAAAGGCGUUACAGAUCUUCCUGUAGCCUUGGUGUUGCUUCACUGGGAUGUAUUUACAAAGUGGGAAGGGGGACUCGAUAACACUAGAACAGUAAUUAUUUUUUUUUGUAUAAGUCUGGUUUGGCUGGCCAAAAUCUGUGAUUGUAUAACCUGGCUGUUGUUGGAGUUGUAUAUAAUAUUUGAGGGAUGCAUAAUGAUCGGCGCAUGCAAUGUACUUUUUGUUGUUUGGAAUGACUUUGUAUGAAUUCUGCUUUCUCCACACCAUUAGGUCCGUCAUUUGUAUAUUAAAUGUCCCCAACACUUCUAUGCACAGAUAUAA